UUUCACUCCACCGCGCCUCUGCAAAACCCUAAUCCCAUUGCGUGCGCUCUCUCCCUCUCCUCUCCCCACCGCCGCCGCAGUCUCCGCCACUUCCAGAUCGGAAAAUGGGUCGCGUCCGCACAAAGACAGUGAAGAAGUCCUCUCGUCAAGUUAUCGAGAGGUACUACUCUCGCAUGACACUGGAUUUCCACACGAACAAGAAGAUCCUCGAGGAGGUUGCUCUCAUCCCAUCCAAGAGGCUCCGCAACAAGAUCGCCGGAUUCUCCACCCAUCUCAUGAAGCGCAUCCAGAAGGGUCCAGUUCGUGGAAUCUCGCUCAAGCUUCAGGAGGAGGAGCGUGAACGCCGCAUGGAUUUCGUCCCUGAUGAAUCCGCCAUCAAGACUGAUCAUAUCGCGGUUGAUAAGGAGACUCUUGAAAUGCUUGCUGCUCUCGGCAUGGCGGAGAUUCCAGGUGUUGUUCAGGUUGAUCCAGUUCCGGUUCAGCAAAUUGCCUACGGUCGCGGUGCCGGCGCCGGUGCCCCUGGCCGGAGGUAUUGAUUAAAUACCUGUUUUUCGUUCUCGUUUUCAUCAUGUGCGAGUACUUUAUAUCAGUUGAAUUUUAGUUUUUGAUGGGAUUAUAUAUUCAGUAAUUGGGAUUGUUGAAGAUUUUGUUAUGGAAAUUAUGAUGUUUUGCUAUGUUGUUGAACCUUUAGAUUAAUUUUUAGUAGUCAAUGUUGUUAUCGAA